AUGGAAGAGAGUGAAGCCAAAUUGAAUGCAGCCUACUACUUCAGAAGGAAUGCUUUCACGAUUAUUGAGGAAGUGGUUAAACUGAAUACCAUCUCUCCAGAACAUACUACAUUGUAUGUGGAUGAGGUUCUUCACAGUAUCUUCUUUUUGGGAAAGAUCAAGAAUUGCCCCAGAUAUACCCCCCAAAUGAUUGUGAAUGAUGAUGAAAUUUAUGAUGCGCUGAAGAAGGACUACCCCCGGGCUUUUGACCUGUAUUCUUCUCAACUGCCCAAGCGGAGUCCAUUUUCAUGUGUGCUAGACAUGAUUGUCCACCUGGAAGGACAACAAAAUGAAGACUUGAUAAUAAAGAGACUGCAACAGCUCAUCUCUCGACUAAAGGAGGACAAGAGAAAUGAACUGGUCCCCUCUACCAUCUGUGUCUCUCAGAAGUCCAACAUCCAAAAUUCAGACAGAUACUAUGGAGUAUCCAUGUCCACUAAAGGGCCAAAUCCUGGGCAAAUUGUCGUUGCUGCCUCCUGUUGUAGCAUCUGGGAUGAUUAUGUAGCUGGUGCAGUGAUGACCUACUAUCCAGAGAAGAAAAAGAAGACAUAUUUUGAUGGAACCAUCAAACUUCCAGCGGAUGUCAGGUGCCAGGCGUUCAGCCUCUUUAGAGAAGAGCCAAUGCCUCCUUGCAGAUCUUGUGCAAAUAUGUUUGGUUUGCAGACAACUGAGAAAACGGAGUGGGCCUAUGGCAACUGUGCCGAAGUUGAGAGUGUGAGCAACUUGUUCAAAAAAGAGAACGAUGUUAAAGAGAAAGCGCAACCAACAUCUCCAACAUGGACAGAUGAGAACAGGACGAAGGCUAGAGCAAAUGUUGAGAAAGAGCUGAAGCGUUUGCUAGGCAUGGUGCAAUUUAAGGAAUGGGAUGGUAAUUACUACACCCCACAAACCAAUUAUUCUUGA